AUGUUGCAACAUAACGUCAACCUUGUGUGCUGGAACGUGAGAGGGCUAAAUAACCCCUCGCGCCAGGCUGCGGUUCGUGACCUCAUCCGCGACACCCACGCCACCAUCAUCUGCAUCCAGGAAACUAAGCUGCAGGUUGUCGAUGACCGCCUCAUCCGGGACCUGCUCGGUCACUGUUUCUCCGCCAACUUCGCCGUGCUGCCGGCGGCAGGCACUAGAGGGGGUAUGCUUUUGGCGGCCUCCGAAGACUUCUUCACGAUCUCCAACGUGCACCUCUCGGCUCACUCGAUCACGGUCACCGUCACCAUGCGUAGCAAGGGGGCAAUGUGGUCCCUUACGUCGGUCUACGGGCCACAGGGUGACCAGGAAAAGCUCCUCUUCAUUGAGGAACUCAAGCUUCUGCAGCCGGUCGUCAAAUCGGAGUGGAUCCUUCUCGGGGAUUUCAAUCUCAUCGCUAAAGCUGUGGACAAGAAUAACACGAACAUCAACCGUCGUCUCAUAGGCAAAUUCAGGGGUGCUCUCGACGUCCUGCAGCUCAAAGAAAUAAACCUUGGUGGCCGCCGCUUCACCUGGUCCAAUGAGCAAGAGAACCCUGUGCUCACCAAGACCGACCACGUCUUCUGUUCCGACGAUUGGGACAUGAUGUUUCCAAAUGCCCUCCUCUUGGCGGUGCCCAUGCUGUGCUCGGAUCAUGCCUCGCUCUUCCUGCAAGGGGCGACGCCCAGCUGUCGCAGGCCUUCUUUCAAGUUUGAGGAACUCUGGCUGCGCGUUCCUAGCUUCCAUGAGACGGUUGCUCUUGCGUGGAACAAACCCGUUCGCUCCUCCGACGCUCUUUGCAUAAUCCACAUCAAGCUCAGCCGCACGGCGAAAGCCCUCAAGAUCUGGCAACGGGAGCGGUUUGGGGUUCUUGAUAAUCAGAUCGCUAUCAUCAAGGAGGCAGACAAGGAAAAGGAGCUGCACUCGCAUUUCCAGGGUCACUUUGGUGUGGCCACUACGAGAUCCACCUCAUUCGACUGGGCCUCGUUUGGGUAUCAGGCGGCCGACUUGUCCGCCCUCGACGCUGACUUCACUGAAACAGAGAUUAAGGAGGCGGUGUUCUCCAUCCCCUCGGUCAAAGCUCCUGGGCCGGAUGGCUUCAUCGGCGCCUUUUUCAAGUCAUGCUGGGAGAUUAUCAAGGGCAAUGUGGUCGCCGCCAUCAUGCGGAUGGCCGAUCUGAGGGGGAAUUGCAUGCACCUGCUCAACUCCGCCAACAUUAUUCUCCUUCCCAAGAAGCCGGACGUGGCGAGGGUCAGCGACUACAGGCCCAUCAGUUUGAUCCAUAGCAUGUCCAAGAUUUUCUCCAAGCUUCUGGCUCUGCGUUUAGCCCCAGAACUGGGAACUCUGGUAUCUUGCUGCCAGAGCGCGUUCAUUAAAAGGCGAUGCAUUCACGACAACUUCCUCUUUGUCCAGAACGCCAUUAAAGCGCUGCACGGAUCUCGCACGCCUAGCCUCUUCCUGAAGCUUGACAUUUCCAAGGCCUUUGACUCUGUCGACUGGGCCUUCCUCCUCGAGGUGCUUGAGCACUUGGGCUUUGGGCAGCGUUGGAGAGACUGGAUUUGUCUCUCCUUUGCCUCGGCCUCUUCGCGUGUCCUCCUGAAUGGUUGCCCGGGGACUCCCUUCUUACACCGCCGGGGACUGCGGCAGGGGGACCCCCUGUCGCCCAUGCUCUUCAUCUUUGCAAUUGACCCGCUCCAGGUCAUUCUCCACCGGGCGGAGGAGGUUGGCCUUUUACAGCCCGUGGGUGCUCCCCCAAUUCGCUGCAGGAUCUCCUUGUACGCCGAUGACGCCAGCAUCUUUGCCAAUCCUCUCAAGGAGGAGAUUGCCACCAUUUCGGCCAUCCUGCAGCGUUUCGGGGACGCGAGCGGCCUCAUCACGAACGUGUCGAAAUCCGAGGCCUUCCCGAUUAGGUGUGAGGGGGUCGAUUUGGCCCACGUCCUGGAGGACUUCCCCGCGACGAUCGCCACCUUCCCUGGUAAAUAUCUUGGCUUGCCUCUCCACUUCCGUAAGCUGCACAAGAUCGACUUCCAGCCCCUCAUUGACAAGGUUGGCGGUCGCCUCAAGGGUUGGAAGGGUAAGAACCUCUCUCGGGCGGGCCGUGUCACGCUUGCCAAGGCAGUGCUGACAUCCACAGCGACCUACCAUCUCUCUGUGAUCAAGCUCCCGAAAUGGGUCAGGGUUAAGCUAGAUCGGAUCUCGAGGAGUUUCAUCUGGAAGGGCGACGACAGUGAGACGGCGGGCGGCGGACACUCGCUCGUCAACUGGAAGACGGUAUGUCGGCCGAAGCCCCUUAGUGGCCUGGGAAUCACGGACAUUGAGCGUUUUGGGCGUGCCCUAAGACUACGCUGGCCAUGGCUCAAAUGGACCGAGCCGGACAGGCCUUGGGUGGGUUCCUGCCUGCCUUGCGACAACACGGAUAUGGCUCUGUUCCGGGCGUCUACUAGGAUCACGGUGGGAGAUGGGCACACGGCACAAUUCCGGCUCGAUAAUUGGUCUGGCGAGGGGGCCUUCUGUUCCCGGGCCCCUGAACUUUUCAAGAUCGCGUCUCGGAAGAACAGAUCUGUUUAUAAGGAAUUGCUCAACGGGAACUGGAUCAGAGCCGUCGGUCGCCUGUCCUCCCUCCAGCAACUGCGUGAUUUCUUGGACCUGGCUAGGAUCGUCAGUUCCACCGUCCUUGAUCCCAACCGGCCGGACUCUAUCACCUGGAUUUGGACCUCCGAUGGCGCCUACUCCUGCCGCUCAGCUUACUUGGCCCAAUUCAUGGGCUCUCACCCACGCUUCAUGACUGCUAAAAUCUGGGAGGCUUUCGCUGAACCCAAAUGCAAAGUUUUCUCUUGGCUAAUCCCGCAGAAUCGCAUCCUCACGGCCGAUCGCCUCGCCAUUCGGGGAUGA